UAUUUUCCGAAUGUUAUAGCCUUAUUCUAACUCGGUGAGAUCCCAUAUGAUGAGCUGAAUAGCCUGAAAUGUGAUGGUUGCCGCCUUCAUCGCUUGCCUCGGCAUUCUUCCGCGCUUAAGCUGCUUUCUAUAGACAAAAGUCUCUCUACAUGUGAUCUUGACAUUUGUUCUCAUGUCAAGAACAAUGAGGAAAGCUUUUGGGUCUGUGGUUGUACGCCACUUUACUGCGUCUACCCCAUUUUUUCCCAAGUUUGAGUACAGAAGUUCAUUUCCAACAUUUUCUAAGUAUUUUCAAACCAGGCAUGUUCGUACUUUGCCUCCUAUUCCACCUAUUGUGUUUCCACCAAAACUUUCAACGAUGGCUUCGUCUGUGACAUACACGGCUUCUGAUGCUUUUUUUGAUGCUUUGAGCGAGGUUCGUGCAAUGAGCCUGCUCCAUAUUCAAAGCAUUAACUAACAGUUGCAAGUUUGGCAUUCAAGCCUGCUUCGUUAAUCUUGGGUCAGACCAUCCCAGUCUAAUAGAAUCAAUGUUGAAGGGACAGAAAGAAAAGAGAAAGAACUUCCCUACAAUCUACACUUGUCCUAAUGAAGUACAUAUAAUUUUAUCUUUUCCGUUUGUCCAAUGUUAGUUGAAGACUGAUUUAGUGUUAUUGAUAAAGAUGGUUGCGCUUUCUAUGGCUGAUGGUUGGGCCCGAGCGACCGGACGGGUACAAGCCGUAAUUGUUCAUGUUGAUGUUGGAACUCAAGCUCUGGGGGCUGCCAUGCGUGAGUACCUCUGCUUCUUUGAUCUAAGCCCACAAUCCUCAGGCAUGACAUAAGAAGCAAUUACUGAACCGCCUGUCUUCAUAGACGAUGCUAACACAGGACGAGCACCUGUUUUGAUAUUUGCCGGCCUGUGCCCAUACACUGAGGACGAUGAAAUACCUGGAUCAAGAACUGAAUACCAACAUUGGCUACAGGAUGCCCCAGACCAAAAAGCUCUCGUUCGACAAUACUGUCGCUACGUAGGAGAGUUCCGUACGGGGUCUACCGUGAAGAAAACUGUUGCACGAGCGCUGCAGUUUGCUACUAGUGAUCCCAAGGGACCCGUAUAUCUGGCCGGAGCCCGAGAAGUGAUGGCCGAGACCGUUCAGCCUCAGAAAUUUGAUGCUGGACAGUAUGGACCUAUCGGCCCCUCUGCCUUGCCCCAACCUGCAGUCAAAACAAUUGCAGAAGCUUUGUUACAUGCUAAGUCGCCUCUCAUUAUUACCGGGUACUCCGGGAGAAACCAUGCUUGUCCUGCAGAGCUAGUCAAAUUAGCAGACAUGAUUCCUGGAUUGCAAGUUUCAGACACCGGUGGUUGUGACAUGUGCUUUCCAGCCUCACAUCCUGCAUACCUUGGUUUUCGCCUCAGCUUCGAUAAAUCUGCAACCGAAGCUGAUGUUAUAUUUGUUCUGGAUUGCGAUGUUCCAUGGAUUCCUUCUCGCAAUCGUCCUCGUGAGGAUGCAAUCAUAUAUCAUGUCGACGUCGAUCCCCUGAAUUCCACAAUGGGGUUGUCUUUUUUCCCCGCAGAAGGGAGAUGGAAAGCGGAUAGUUAUACUGCUUUAACACAAAUUAAUCAGUACCUUUCAACCUCAGAGCUUGCGAAGGAAAACCUCGCAGACGAAGAAUCUGCAAAACGACACGAGGUUGUUGCCAAGAAAUACCAAGAACGCAUGGAAUCCAUCGCCAAGCUUGCAACCCCGCCUUCCGAUGGCUCGCUCGAUAUUCAUUACGUUGGCGCCGCGCUAAAAUCCGCCGCACCACGGGACACAAUAUUUGUCGUCGAAGCUGCGACGUGCGCAAUGCCUUUAUCGGACCAACUACAAGUAGAAAUCCCUGGCUCAUGGAUUAAUUCUGCCGGUGCCGGCUUGGGAUGGAGUGGUGGAGCGGGGAUGGGGGUUAAGUUAGCAUACGAUGCUGCCGGGACUCCAAAGUUUGUUUGUCAGGUCGUGGGUGAUGGAACCUAUCUCUUCACAGUUCCUGGAAGUGUCUAUUGGACUGCAUCUCGAUACGGUAUACCCGUUUUAACGAUCGUGCUCAACAAUAGAGGUAAGUGUCUAAUUAUUGUUAUCUAUUCUAAUUUUGAUACGUAUGAAAUUAUUCAAAAUAUGCUAACUGUAUGUGAUACAGGGUGGAACGCACCACGCCAGUCGCAUCGACUCGUUCAUCCAACAGGCCUGGGUGCCACAUCGUCGAAUAAAGACAUGCACAUAUCAUUAGAUCCUUCUCCUGACUAUAGCGGAAUUGCUAAAGCGGCAGCUGGGGAUAAUUUUGGCUCCCUUCAGGGUAGCCUAUUUGCGGCGAAAGUUUCUACAACUAGUGAACUAAGUGGUGUGCUCAGCAAGGCUGUGAAAGAGGUUCAGAAUGGGCGUGGAGCUGUUGUAGAAGUAGUAUUGAAUGUUGAUGAGAUGGGCGAUUUCAAAACGCGUCGAGAAUGACCGCCUUCGAAAUGAGAUUUUUCGAUUGUAACUUCCAACUUAUCAAUCAUAGCAAAGAUGACAAUUUUUGAGCAGCGUGCUUUGCUAGUAUUCUCGUUUGAAAGCUGUUUGAUCACUUUCUCACUUUUACUGUUGACAAAGUUACAUUGCUAGAGCCAGUCG